CGUAGUCAGCUACAACGCUGCGAUCAGCGCGUGCGAAAAUGGUGGCACGCAGUGGCAGAGGGCUCUAUCUCUGCUACGAGACAUUCGCCCGAUGAAGCUGUGCCCGGACUUGUUCGUCUAUGGGAUUGUAGCCAGCAUGUGCGAGCAUUGUGGACAAAGGAAACUGGUACAGUUGUUGACGAUGGAGAUGUGCGGCCUGAUCGAAGCGGAAUAGCGUAAUCCCUAGUAUAACGCCAGACCCUUGUGCAUGCAAGGAAUGUCGCGAGCGAAGGCAGCGAAUUUCGCGAUUAUUCAGCUGCAAUGCUGGGAUCAGCGCGUGCGAAAAGUGCAGGCAGUGGCAAUGGACUUUGGCACUGCUUCGUGAGAUGCGAGAGUGCGAGAGACGAAAGUGGAUCCCGACAUCAUCAGCUACGAAGCUGGAAUCGUUGCGCGCGACACAGGCGAGCGUGGCAUUCAUGUGUUAUUGUUGCUUGGCGACUUGAGGGCACGAUGUGGUAGCUGAGCGGCAGAUUUCGUUUUAUGUUGUUGGGUACAUGUAUAUGCGAAGUUAUCAUUCCAAUAUUUUGAUCGCUUCCUUCACGGUCGGCCUUGGUGGGGUCUGAUCGACUCUGGCUACUUGUCAGCUACAGAGCUGGGGAUCAGCACGCGAGAGAAGGCCGAGCAAUGGCAGCGGGUCUUAUCGCCGCUCGGCGAGAUGCGGGAGGCGAAGGUGGAACCAGACGCCGUCUCUCGCAACGCUGGGAUAUAGCGCCUGCGAAAAGGGCGAGUGGUGGCAACGGGCUUUGGCACUGCUCAGCGAGAGGCCAGGAGCGCUGGAGUCCAACGUCAUUCGGUGAAAAGAGCGAGCAGUGGCAGCGUGCUUUGGCGCUACUCGGCGAGAUGUUGGAGGCAAGGUUAGAGCCAGAGGCCAUUAUUCACAGCGCUGCGAUCAGCGCGGGCGAGAGAGGCGAGAAGUGGCAGCAGGCCGUGUCGCUGUUCAGCUAGAUGUGGAAAGCGAAGCCGGAGCCUGGCGUAAUCUUUGCUACAAUUGGGAUCGCGGCGCGUGUGAAAUAAAAG